UCAUUUUCAGCCCAAGAAGAAGCAUGCAUGUCCAUUCUUUCUUUAAUUGCAAGACACUGCAUCACGACAGAGGCUGCAAAAGAUAUCAUUGAUUUGUUGAAAUUGCUUUGCCCAGCAAACGAGCUAUUGCAAUCUUUAACUUACUCAAAGGUGCAGGAAGUGUGUGGAAAUUGUACUGUUUUCACCUAUGACAUUUGUGAAAAUUGUCUUGGUCUGUUUCCAACAAACGUGGAGGAUCAAGUGGUCUGUUCAACGACAGGCUGCAAUGGUCUGAGGUAUAAGGGAAGUAUCCAUGAGCAAGGGAAGAAGCUUCACAAAAAUAGUUUUGUAACUGUCGACAUCUUCAGUCAACUGAAGUGUUUGUUAGAACGAGAAGGAAUAUGGCAAACUAUUCAGGCGAGAAGUGAGCAACGUGGAAAGGAAAUAAUCACAGACAUUAUUGAUGGGAAAUAUUAUACAAGAUUAUGUGGACCUGGACAGUUCCUGAGUGAUAUAUCCAACAUAAGUUUCAUCUUCAACACAGAUGGUGCCCCUUUAUAUUCCUCCUCAAGUGUAUCCCUUUGGCCUGUGUUUUUAGCUAUCAAUGAACUUCCAUCUCCAGACAGGUUUUCAAAGACAAAUAUGAUGCUCUGGGGUAUUUGGCAGGGGAAGGGAAAACCCCCGUUUAAUGCAUUCUUUGAGCCUUUUGCCACUCAAAUGAACAAACUGUAUAAGGAAGGUGGGUGUUUGAGACAUGCCUUCAAACAGGUAUAUUUUUCACUUUUCAUUUUAGGAGUAGCCAUUUUAGGAGUAGGUGUCAAAGCUGCUGUACUGCUUGGCUCAACUGAUUUACAAGGGAAGUCAUACCUUUUAUAUAUGACUCAACAUAAUGGAGAGGAUGGUUGUCUGACAUGUGAGGAAAGUGGAUUUGUAGCUGCUCAAGGAAAAGGGCAUACCCGAUGUUACCCAUACAGGUCUCCAACUGAGAGGGCUCCCAACAGGACUAUGACAACAUUUCUUGAAAAUGCUGUUAAAGCAAAUCAAAGCAAAAAAAAGGUUGCAGGAUUGUUUGAUGUCACCUGCUUGGCCCUAAUGCCCUGGUUUGACAUUGUUCUUGGGAUGGUUCCUGACUACAUGCAUGGAUGUUUGUUGGGUAUAACAAAGACUCUUCUAUAUAAAUGGUUUUCUUCAACCAACCAUAAGAGGGACUUUUUUAUUGGUGGCCAGAUAAAAAAGAUUAACAAACGCAUACUUCAGAUGCGACCCCCAGAUGUAUUAGCCAGACUUCAGAGAGACCUGGAGAAACAUUUCAAGAACUUUAAAGGGUGUAAUUACAAUCAACAGACGUUGAAAAUGUUUUUGAUAUUAUUUUGUAGAAGUUAUAAAGCCACAGUAUUAACUUUUAUACCCUGCGAUAGGAAAUACAGCCAAUCAGAAUACAGGAAAGCUGUUGUCUAUUCGAUGGUAUUACACCCAACCUUCCCAUUGUGUGAUGAGCAUAUGUUGCAUUGAUUGUAUUGGCCCCCUUUCUUUUCUAUAGCAUGCCAUAAAAUAGUUCAAAAUGCAAUGCUCUCUUGUGGACCUAUACCAUACAUGUAGAAUAUCC